AUGGAGACGUUAGCAACGUUUGACACCGUAAACACGGCGGACUGUGUCGAGUCGUGUCCUGUUGCUGGCUUUGAGUCGUCGAUGGUGGUGGCCACGUACCAGCUCCAGAAGGCAGCAGAGUUUGGCGGAACCUGUGACCGUCGCAGUGGUACGCUGCAGCGAUUCCAUCUGGACUGCAACGGAGCGACGGAUACUGAUCAUGCGGACGUGACGGUCUGCAAGCUCGAGGAAACUGCGACCUCCAGCGGAGUUUUUGAUAUCAAAUGGAACACGCAGGCCAUGAAUGACAAGGCGAUAUUGGGCGUUGCUACGGCUGGUGGCUCGAUCGAGCUGUACGAGUUGGCUGAAACAGGGGACAAGCAGACGCUGCGGGAAUCGGGAGUAGCAACCGAUGAAGAUACUGACUCCAUGUGCUUGUCACUGGACUGGAACAACCGCGUACACAUCAAUGCUCAGCCAUCUAUCUGUGCAAGCCACUCGAACGGGUAUGUAUCGGUCUGGAACGUUGCACCACAGGGCAUCGUUCAGCAAGCUAAGUGGCGCGCACACGACUUGUAUGGCUCACCCAUCGAGGCAUGGAUCUCAGCCUUUAACUGCCACGACCCCAACGUGCUGUUUUCAGGCGCGGACGACGCGAUCUUGAAAGGAUGGGACCUUCGUGCUGGAUUCGCAGCGCCGACUUUUAAGAAUACACUACAUUACUCAAUGGGUGUGUGCAGCAUCCAGUUCCACCCGCAUGAUGAAUGGUUGGUUGCUGUAGGCAGCUACGAUGAACAAGUUGCGGUGUGGGACCAUCGCAAGAUGUCAAACCCACUCGCCGUGUGCAGUGCCGGCGGUGGCGUCUGGCGACUCAAGUGGCAUCCAGCGGAAAGUCACAAGGAGCUACUGCUGGCUGCAUGCAUGCACAACGGAUUCCACGUGCUAGAGCUGGUCGCGGACAAGUCCUCACUGCGUAUAGUAGCGAGCUACGACCGGCACGAUUCGCUCGCGUACGGCGUGGACUGGUGGCAGCAUCCAGCCACACUGCCAGCCAACGCUCCCAUUAUCGGUUCCGCCUCGUUUUACGACCACACGUUUCACGUGUGGCGCCGACCGUUGCAAACAGGUAGUUGA